AUGGCCGAGGAAGGCAUUGCUGCUGGAGGUGUAAUGGACGUGAUUACUGAUUUACAAGAGGUGCUGAAGACUGCCCUCAUCCACGAUGGCCUAUCACGUGGAAUUCGCGAAGCUGCCAAAGCCUUAGACAAGCACCAAGCCCAUCUUGGUGUGCUUGCAUCCAACUGUGAUGAGCCUAUAUAUGUCAGGUUGGUAGAGGCCCUUUGUGCUGAACACCAAAUCAACCUAAUUAAAGUUGAUGACAACAAGAAACUAGGGGAAUGGGUAGGCCUCUGUAAACUGACAGAGAGGGGAAGGCUGGUAAAGUGA